GCCAGGGCAGCUACCCACGGGCGCAGGCGCGGUGGCGCCGUGGCCCAGCCCUGCGGCCCCGCCCCAGCAAGAAGGCCCACCUCCGUCCGUAGUUGGCCUGGGUCUCCCGGGCGCGCACCGGAGCGAUGCCACGCUAUUGCGCAGCUAUUUGCUGCAAGAACCGCCGGGGACGUAACAUUAAGGACCGGAAGUUGAGUUUUUACCCGUUUCCUCUGCAUGAUAAAGAAAGGCUUGAAAAAUGGUUAAAGAAUAUGAAACGUGAUUCGUGGAUGCCCAGUAAAUACCAGUUCCUAUGUAGUGACCAUUUUACUCCUGACUCUCUUGACAUCAGAUGGGGAAUUCGAUAUUUGAAGCAAACUGCAAUUCCAACAAUAUUUUCAUUGCCUGAAGACAAUCAGGAAAAAGACCCUUCCAAAAAAAACUGUCUGAAGAAAAAAACAGGUGAUGAGAAAGAAGUGUGCCUGAAAGCCAAGGCACAAAAGUCAUUUGUGUCAAAAGAGCCAGAGAAAAAUACAGUGAACACAGCUGUCCUCCUUGAACAAGCCCAGCCACCCCCUUUCUCUGCCGUGGUCAGGCCACCAGCUCCAAAAACAGGGAGUAUACAGAAUAGCGUGGUAAUUCUUACUCUAGUUAAUCAAGAUACUGGAAAACCUGAAUCGACCUGGGAAACGCCUGUUAACCAAGACAUAGGUAUGGGUGGGUUUCACACGUCUUUUGAGAAUCUAAAUUCUACAGCUAUUACUUUGACAGCCUCAAAUUCGGAAGGUAUUCAGCAGUCUUUGGAAACCCAAGAAGUGUUUGAAAUAACUACCAGUCACCUUGCCAAUCCAACCGUCACAAAUAAUUCCAUAGAAAUUAAGACAGCACAGGAGAAUCCAUUCUUACUCAGCACAAUUACUCAAACAGUUGAAGAAUUAAACACAAAUGAGGACUCUGUUAUUGCCAUUUUUGUACCCACAGAGAAUUACAAACCUACAAUUAACUCUUUUAUGCCUGCCCAGAAAGAAACCGUGGGCAUGGAGGACAUAGGCAUUGAUGAUUCCUUAUGUAAGGAUGACUAUGAGACAGAAGUUUUACAGAUUGAACAUUCUUACUGUAGACAAGAUAUAAAUAAGGAGCAUCUUUGGCAGAAAGUCUCGAAACUACAUUCAAAGAUAACUCUUCUUGAGCUACAAGAGCAACAGACUCUGGGGAGAUUGAAAUCUUUGGAAGCUCUCAUAAGGCAGCUAAAACAGGAGAACUGGCUCUCUGAAGAAAAUGUCAAGAUUAUAGAAAACCACUUCACAACAUAUGAAGUUACUAUGAUGUGAAAAGGUCUCAAAGCUAUGUCUUUUAUAUAAGCACUUUGCCGCCAAACCAGAUAAUAUGUAAAGUGAACUUUCCCCUGCAUGAAGUUCUCAUCUUAAAGCUGGGAGAGUUCUGUCAUGUUGUGAACUGCAUUCUGUUCUUGAAAUACUCAUUUUGGGGAAAAGCUACAGCAUUGUUGGGCUGUAGAUAAAAAGUUUUAUUACUUGGCAAUUUAAAAUAUAAUGAAUAAGUAAUAGGAUUUUGUCACAAAAUGAGAGAACACAGAUGUGGUAAAAAGGGCCCAGAAUAAAAGGCUCAGGAGUAACCCUGGUUCUACCAUUGGCAUGUGACUAAAGCAAGUUACUUGUCGAGGUUAAGCCUCAGUCUGUUAAUCUAUAACAUAAGAGCACUUUACUAGAUCUUAAAUUCAGUUUGUUUACAAUUUCUUCCCUUUCUAGUCAUAUAUUUUAAUAGGACAACUGUUCUCUAAUGUGUAGGUACAUAAUACUGAGUAUUGGCUAGACUUUGAUUUUAUUAACUACUAGAUUAUCUGCAAUAUUUAUUGAAUUCUGUGUUUGACGUUUUGGCCAAAGUCAUUCAUAAUAGCAAAGGAAAAUACUUUUAUAAUUUUAUUCCAGUUGAACUAAAAUAAGGAACCACCCAUUAGCCUAGUUCUUAGGAGAGGUACUUUACACUUAAAAGAAUAUGUAUUUCAGUACUUUAUGUGUGGCUGACCAUCAUAAAGAUACAUAGUCAUUUAAGCUUCUUAACACUGUAUAUAUAAAAUUAUAAUUUAUAAACCAAAAGUUUUAAUGAGGUUAAUUUUUUAAAUAUAUUACUAUAUUUUAGAAAACAUCCUUUGUAUCUAAUAGGUGUAGCUUUUUAAAAUGUGUGCAUGUGUCAUUUUCAAAUCCAGAAUGAUAGUAGAGUAAUACUUAACACUAUACAUUCCCAGUUAAGUAUAUUUUAUUAAAAUUUAUAUUCAACAAAUUAUAGAUGUGUAGUGAUGACCUUCAACAGACAUAGGAAAAAGAAGUGAUGGUGAUGUAAAUAAUACUGUGUAUAUCCAUAGGAAUUUAAGAAAAAAUAUACAAGCAGCCUUAGUGGUGACAACAGAAAUGUGGAAAAUAGAUGAUCCCUUAAAAUCAAAGUUAAUGUAAUUAAAUAUGUUACUGUUUGUGGUAUUGAGCAAGUUUCUAUCAAUCUGAUUCUUAGUUUUCUUUUAUAUGAAAAAUGCUAUUUAUCUUGAGGGAUGGUUUUGACAAAUCUGUAAGGUGACAGUUAUGUUUUUAGUCCUGGAAAAUCGGAAGAGCUCAGUAAAUAGUAGUUGACUGCAUAGCAAACAGUACACUAACUGUAACUGCAUAGUGAUUUUUUUGGGCUACAUUUCACCUAGUUUUUUCAGGCCAAUAAAGUUAAUUGACAUUAUAUGAAUAUAAGUUCGCUAAUUACCAAAACUUGAUUAGAGGUGUCCUUAUUGGGUGACCAUGUGGGGUGGUGGAUAAACUUAAUAUUUUACAUAAAUUAUGAUAAUUGGUAGGGUUAAUAUGUUAUUUUUAAGUAUUUCCAUGUUGCAUUUUGCUAAUACUUUAAAAUUAAUAUAGAUGAAAAUGGCCUUUAUAAGUUAUUAAAAGUGUUAACAACUAGUGAAAGUGUUAGUUUUUAAUUGUAUACCUUGUAAUUAUUGUCUCUUUGUUUAAAAU